AAAAAAUAAAAUACGGGGAUCGAAAACAGACGGAAAAUCGCAUAGUUUUAUUUUUUUCAAUCCGAAUGGAGUCCCAACAAUAGCAGAAUUUUGUUUUUUCUUCAUCAGUGAACGAAAAAAAACAAAAGCAAAUUCUCCAAAAACAUUUAUUUGUUGUGUGUUUUGCCGUGUAAAAGUGAACGAAAGAACAUUCAAGUGAAGUAUGGCAUUUGCUACAUUGUGCUCGGCAUCGAAAUGCUCACGUUUGGCCAAAUCUGUGUUGGGCAACUUUGUUGGUGCAUCGGCCACCGUGCCAUCCCACAUCAGCCAACAACGACGAAAUGCUGGCAAGUGGUUUCCGGAUAAAGAAUUCUUGGAAACAUAUGCCGGAGUCGUACUGUAUCCAACUGAAGAAACCAAAUGGCUGAAACCAAUCUAUAAUGAGGCUGCCAUUGAACGACCACCCGAGAAGGCUGUGCGAAAUAUGAUUUUGAAUUUUGGACCACAGCAUCCAGCUGCGCACGGUGUGCUUCGUUUGAUUUUGGAACUGGAGGGUGAGACUGUUAUCAGAGCCGAUCCCCACAUUGGUCUCUUGCAUCGUGGAACGGAAAAAUUGAUCGAAUACAAAACCUAUACUCAAGCUUUACCCUACUUUGACAGAUUGGAUUACGUAUCAAUGAUGUGCAAUGAGCAAUGUUAUUCGCUGGCUAUUGAAAAAUUGUUGAAUAUCGAUGUUCCACUUCGCGCCAAAUAUAUUCGAACUUUGUUUGCCGAAUUGACUCGUAUCUUGAAUCACAUUAUGGCUGUUGGUACGCACGCUUUGGACGUGGGUGCGAUGACACCGUUCUUCUGGUUGUUCGAGGAACGUGAAAAACUGAUGGAAUUCUAUGAGCGUGUAUCGGGAGCCCGUAUGCACGCUGCUUACGUUCGUCCUGGUGGCGUUUCGCUCGAUAUGCCGCUCGGUUUGAUGGAUGACAUUUACGAUUUUGCAUCACGUUUCGGCGAACGUUUGGAUGAAACCGAAGAUUUGCUCACCAACAAUCGUAUCUGGAUCCAUCGUACGGUGGAUGUUGGUACAGUGAGCGCUGAAGAUGCAUUGAACUACGGAUUCAGUGGUGUUAUGUUGCGUGGGUCUGGUAUCAAAUGGGAUUUGCGUAAAACUCAACCAUAUGAUGCAUACGAUUUAGUCGAUUUCGAUGUUCCAAUCGGUACUAAGGGCGAUUGCUAUGAUAGAUACUUGUGCCGUGUGGAAGAAAUGCGUCAAUCGUUGAGAAUCAUCCACCAAUGUUUGAAUCAAAUGCCAGCCGGUGAAAUUAAGACAGAUGAUGCAAAGAUCACGCCACCAACUCGUGCUGAGAUGAAAGAAUCGAUGGAAGCAUUGAUCCAUCAUUUCAAAUUGUUCACACAAGGUUUUCAAGUGCCACCAGGUGCUACAUAUACAGCCAUUGAAGCACCAAAAGGUGAAUUUGGUGUUUAUCUUGUGUCAGAUGGUUCAAGCAAACCAUAUCGUUGCAAAAUUAAGGCGCCCGGUUUCGCUCAUUUAGCCGCUCUCGAGAAAAUUGGUCGUAAACAUAUGUUAGCUGAUAUUGUUGCCAUCAUUGGUACCCUAGAUGUUGUGUUUGGUGAAAUUGAUCGAUAGACUAUGGCAGAUUGAAAUGAGAGCAGAAAAACACAUUUAACAUAAGAUAAAACAAACAACCCAAUGAAUGUCAAUAAAAAAAAAAUGAAACACAUUUUAAAUCAA